UUCACCACUAUCCAUUCUUCUCUUUCCGCUGGGUAGCCCUCUGUGUGCGUGUCUUGGUUCUCCGUGCUACGAAAAUGGCACAUGUAACGUGACGGUAAUCUCGGCCCCAUUUGCAUGUGCCCUCCUCCGCCUCCUCUCUCUCUCUCUCCCUCUCUCUCCUCUUUAGUACAACCCCCCAAAGCACGCCCGCCGGAAGCUGCCUCACUCCCCCACCCCCACCCCCACCCCCACUCCCCUCUCUCUUCUGCAAAUUCAGUUGCAGAAAUUUUAAGGACAGUCUUCAAGAUCUUCCUCUGCAAGCCAGCGACUUCGGUUCUCUUGCUCACUCUCGCCAAUCGAAUCGAUCCACGCCGCUGCCAUGAAGGUCGAGGCCCUGAAAAACCCUCUCGUCUCUUUCGAACUCAAAAGGGAUGCUUAUGGGUUUGCUGUGAGACCUCAGCACUUGCAAAGAUACAGGGAAUAUGCUAACAUCUACAAGGAAGAAGAGGAGGAAAGAUCAGAAAGGUGGAAAGACUUUUUGGAACAGCAAACAGAGUCUGCUCAAUUGCCGCUAAAUGGAUUAUGGCCAGAGCAUGCUGGGGAGACUGAGCAAGAAACAGAUGCUAACUCAGAGAAUGGAGUCAAAGAAGAUGAUUAUAGUGAUAAAAAUCAUGGUUCAGUGGCAGCUGAGGCAAAAACUCACAUGGUCCAAAUAUGGACUCCGAUUAGACCAUCCCUUCAUGCCAUUGAGAAGAUGAUGAGUAAUCGCGUAAAAAGGAGUAACUUGUCAAAAAUUGAGCCUGACAAUGGACCUGCAAAGCCUCUUACUCCUAUCGAAGAGGCUAGAUCCCCAAAAGGAGCAUCGGAGGAGGACUCUGAGGAGGAGUUUUAUGAUGUGGAGAGGUCAGACUUGGUUCAAGAUGUCCCUUCAAGUGACAAUGUAAGUUCCACAGCUGCGAGCAAUGCUGGUGAUGUUGAAUCAUUAUUCCCUUGGAAAGAAGAGCUAGAGUGCCUUGUACGUGGGGGAGUGCCAAUGGCUCUCAGAGGAGAGCUUUGGCAAGCCUUUGUGGGUGCAAGGGCACGCCGUGUGGAGAGCUACUAUCAAGAUCUGUUGGCUCCAGAAACUAAGUCUGGCAAGAACAUGGAGCAGCAUGAUUUGCAAUCAGAUGACAAUAGCAAGGGGUUAUCUGCAGAUUCUGCGUGUAUAGCUGAGAAAUGGAAAGGACAAAUUGAAAAGGAUUUGCCUCGAACAUUCCCAGGUCAUCCUGCUCUGGAUGAGGAUGGUAGAAAUGCUUUGAGGCGUCUACUUACAGCAUAUGCUCGACAUAACCCCUCAGUUGGCUACUGUCAGGCCAUGAAUUUCUUUGCUGGCUUAUUAUUGCUGCUAAUGCCUGAAGAAAACGCCUUUUGGACUUUGAUGGGCAUUAUUGAUGACUAUUUCGAUGGUUAUUAUUCAGAGGAGAUGAUAGAAUCUCAGGUGGACCAACUUGUUUUUGAGGAGCUGGUGCGGGAGAGAUUUCCUAAAUUGGUCAAUCAUCUGGAUUACCUGGGAGUGCAGGUGGCCUGGGUUACUGGACCAUGGUUCCUUUCCAUUUUUAUGAAUAUGCUUCCAUGGGAAAGUGUUCUUCGAAUAUGGGAUGUGGUGCUUUUCGAAGGAAAUCGCGUCAUGCUAUUUAGAACAGCCCUCGCAUUGAUGGAGUUAUAUGGUCCUGCUUUGGUAACAACCAAAGAUGCUGGAGAUGCUGUUACUUUGCUGCAGACACUGGCUGGAUCAACAUUUGAUAGUAGUCAACUUGUCUUGACAGCUUGCAUGGGUUUCCAAAAUGUAAAUGAAUCCAGAUUGCAAGCGUCGAGAGAUAAACAUCGACCGGCUGUAAUGGCUGCUCUUGAGGAACGAUCAAAGGGGCUUCGGGCAUGGAGGGAUUCACAGGGUCUGGCAUCUAAGUUAUUGACUUUCAAGCAUGACCCUGAAUCUCUGAUGACUGAUUCAAAUAAAACAGAACGAGUGGCUGAUGCACAAACUAAUGGUGCAGUAUCUUCUAUCGACUCUGGAUCCACUAAUGUUGAUCAAUUUCUUAUUGGCUUGACAGGGGAUGUAGAGAUUGAUGCUGUUCCAGAUCUUCAAGAACAGGUGGUGUGGUUGAAGGUUGAAUUGUGCAGGUUGCUGGAGGAGAAAAGAUCAUCUCUCCUCAGGGCUGAGGAGCUAGAGACAGCUUUGAUGGAAAUGGUCAAGCAAGAUAAUCGGCGCCAAUUGAGUGCUAGGGUUGAGCAAUUGGAGCAAGAGGUUGCUGGACUUCAAACAGCCCUUGCUGAGAAGCAGGAACAAGAGCAUGCCAUGCUUCAGGUCUUGAUGCGAGUGGAGCAAGAACAAAAGGUAACUGAAGAUGCUCGCAGAUUUGCCGAGCAAGAUGCAGCAGCCCAAAGAUAUGCCACACAAGUUCUUCAGGAAAAAUAUGAAGAGGCUGUUGCCUCGCUCGCUCAAAUGGAGAAGAGGGCGGUGAUGGCAGAAUCCAUGCUGGAGGCUACUUUGCAGUAUCAAUCUGGCCAAGUUAAAGCACAACCUUCUCCACGCUCUGUAAAUUCAGAUUCUUCACCAGGACGAAGCAAUCAAGAACCCUCACAAGAGCUGCCGAUGAGGAAGAUUGGUUUGCUAGCCAGGCCAUUUGGGCUUGGCUGGCGUGACAGAAACAAGCAGCAGCAGCAGGUGAAAUCCCCAAACAAUGAGGAGCCGACUGAUUUCAAGUGUAGUAAUGAGGCAGAAAGUCCAGGCACUGAGCAGAAAGACAGAAACGGCCAUCAAGUGCAUGAGAAACAGUAAAGAGAGCCAUGUUUAAAAAUUGUGAAACCCUCAAAUGUUUUUCAUGCCAGGAUGUCGUCAUAUCCUCUCCUAUGUUGAUAUCAGUUCAGGGAGCAGCAAGGCUUUAGUAGUCCCAUCUCCCAUUUCGUUUUAAGCAGAUCCAUUUAUGCUAUAUAGAUCCAUCCAUUGUUUUCUAAUUAGGUCCUUAAAAUUAUAGUUUAGAGAAAAGAAUGUUAGGGAAAAAAAACAAAAAAGAACAUGGGCUCCAUGGUUACAUAACUGUAUAAUCUUUGGUUCAUUUCUUGUAUUAUUUUGUUGCUUAAAAUUUUCACUUCUCAUUGGAUGGAUAUUGAUUAUGUUGGUUUUAUCAAAAGAAAUUUGAGGAUAAUCUUUGCCCAA